AUGGUCCAAUUGACUCAUUCCUUUGUUUACUUUCUUUUCUGAGGAAAUGCCAUACUGAAAACAUCAACCCCAAACUAACCAACUAACCACCAUCGACACAAGUGCCUAAUAAAAUCCUAAAAACAACAUAGCCAUACUAAAUCAUACCUCUAGAUCCCAAAUAUCACGUUAUUUCCCACUAUUUCCCACUCUAUACACAAACCGCCGUACUUUCAAGCUCUUAAUUCUCCAUCACCGCAGGGUAACACCGGCCGGUUUUUUUCCAAAAUCCCAAUCCAACAUCAUCAGCAUCAGCAUCAACUUCAACAGCAGAGAACAAUUCAGUCUUGCCAAACAGAAACAGAGCACACACAGUCACAAAAGAGACAGAAUCAAAGGAAUUGCUGCUAACAAGGUACCCACCCAUACGACUGCCCACUGCUUAGUUCAAAAGACAAAACACAUCCUCAUCUAUGGACCAACUUAUCCUCUAGAUGAACAUACAAAACUAUCAAUCUCAGGUAUUGCAGCCUAACCAGGCACAGUUCCUCCAACAGCCACAACAGAAGGCUACUCAGCUGCAAUUCAACGACUUGUUCCACAACAUCAACAGCAGCAAUAACAACAACAAUACCAAUUCUGUGGCAAAUAACAACAACAACAACAAUAAUAACAAUGCAACUUCUAAUAACGCUGCUUCCCUAUUAUUGAAUGAGAACAAUCAAUCCACUGGUGGAUUAAACCCUUCACAGCUAUUGGCACAGACAUUGUACCAAGGUCAAUAUAGAGCUCAGACCCCUCAACAACAAAGAGCAUUAAAUUUGGCUCAACAACAAUUGCCACAACAAUCAUCAUCAUCAAACAAUAAUAAUAACAACACAGUCCAACCAUUACAACCUGGAUUAAACCUACCACCAUCCAAAUCAAUAGAAUUGGAUCAAACUUCUCAAUCAUCAUCUUAUUGGCAAGAUCAAGUUCAAUUAGUUGAAGUUUCAAGAAAAUCAAAUUUACCUCAUUUUUAUGCAAGACAUGCAGCUAUUCAAUCAAGAAGAUCAAAACAAUUCCCUGAACCAAGUUCCAAACAACAAAGUCUUGUGGAAUUGACUAAACAAAUCUUGGGUGAUUCAACAUCAACUAAUAAUGAUGCUGCAUCCACAAGUAAUAAUAAUGGGUUAUUACAAAAUAGAAAAAUUUCUCAUGCUUUAAAUAAUAACAACAAUAAUAAUGAUGAUGACACUAAUGAUGAUGAUUACGAUGAUGAAUUAGGUGAACCAAGAAUUAAAUAUAAAUCAAAUGCUCAACAAUUAUGGGGGUCUUUAGAUUUAAGUGGUCAAGAUAUUCCUAAUUUAUCUUUAAAUUUAUUUAAAUAUGAUUUUUUGACAAAAUUAUAUUUGAAUGGUAAUAAAUUAUCAAAGAUUCCAACUGAAAUCAAAAAUUUACAACAUUUGAAAAUUUUAGAUUUAUCAAAUAAUGAAUUAACUUCAUUACCUUAUCAAUUGGGGUUAUUAUACAAUUUAAAAUAUUUAUACCUUUUUGAUAAUAAUUUAUCAACUUUACCUUAUGAAUUUGGAAAUUUAUUUGAAUUACAUUUCUUGGGAAUAGAGGGGAAUCCAAAUUUUAAUUCAAAUUUUGCUAAAAUUUUAGCUCAAAAGGGUACAAGAUCAUUAAUAAUACAUUUAAGAGAUAAUGCUCCAAAUGUUUUACCACCUCCAAAGAGACAAUGGAUUUCAUUAAAAGAAGAUGGUGAAUUAGAAGAUGAAGAUGAAGAAAAUAAUGAAGAUGAAGAAAAAAUUAAAGAAGAGAAAAAGGCAAGUUUUACAGCUUCAAGUUUUAAUAUUUUAUGUCAUCAUUAUGCAACUGCCAAAUUAUUUGGUUAUACUCCAUCAUGGGCUUUGAAUUGGGAAUAUAGAAAAGAAUUGAUUAAACAACAAAUUUUUGAAAUGAAAUCAGAUGUUAUCUGUUUACAAGAGGUUGAAACUCAAUCAUUUGAAGAUUAUUGGUUACCUUUAUUAACUGAACAAGGUUAUAGAGGGUUAUUCCAUGCUAAAUAUAGAGCAAGAAGAAUGAAUGAAAGAGAUGCUAAAAAAGUUGAUGGUUGUGCAAUGUUUUAUAAAUAUGAUAAAUUUUCAUUAAUGGAGAAGAAAUCAAUUGAAUAUACUCAAAUUGUUUUAAAUUCAAACAAAUAUAAAAAAUCUGAUGAUGUUUUCAAUAGAUUACAAAAUAGAGAUAAUAUUGGAUUAGUUACAAUUUUAAAACAUUUGGAAACUGGUGAACAUAUUUUGGUGGCAAAUACUCAUUUACAUUGGGAUCCUGCUCUGAAUGAUGUUAAAACUGUUCAAGUUGGUGUCUUGUUGGAAGAGAUUGAAUUGAUUGUUAAAAAAGCUUGUAAAGAGGGAAAUAUUUCCAAUAUUAAAGAUUUUCCAAUGUUUAUCUGUGGUGAUUUUAAUUCUCAAUUACAUUCAGCUGUUUAUAAAUUACUGGCAAAUGGGUUUGUUAAAGAUCAUGAAGAUGUUGAAGGUAGAGAUUAUGGUAAAUUUACAGAAGUUGGAUUCCAACAUUCUUUUAACUUAAGAUCUGCUUAUGAUAAUAUUGGUGAAUUACCAUUUACAAAUUUCACACCAAGUUUUACAGAUGUUUUGGAUUAUAUCUGGUAUACACCAAACACAUUAUCAGUGCGUGGGUUAUUGGGUAAGAUUGAUUCAGAUUAUACUAGCCAUUAUGUUGGGUUCCCAAAUGCUCACUUACCAUCUGAUCAUAUUCCAUUAAUGGCUGAGUUCCACCUAAGAAACACUUCCAAGAAGGAAAAUAAAAGGGAUCACCAUCAUUUCAAGCCUGAAUUCAGAAGUUCAAGAAAAACGUGAUGAUUGAUUGGUUUCUUGUUUAUUUGUACAUUAAAAUUU